AUGGAGGUGAGUCCGCAGAGAGCCGCCGGUGAGAGCGGGGGCCCGGAGCCGGACCGGCCGGCCGCCGGUGAGAGCGGGGGCCCGGAGCCGGACCGGCCGGCCGCCGGUGAGAGCGGGGGCCCGGGCUCGGACCCGCCGGCCGCCGGUGAGAGCGGGGGCCCGGGCUCGGACCCGCCGGCCGCCGGUGAGAGCGGGGGCCCGGGCUCGGACCCGCCUGCCGCCGGUGAGAGCGGGAGCCCGGAGCCGGCGGCCGGAGAGAUGCAGAGCUGGGUGGUGCAGCAGGACGCGCAGGAGCUGGCGGCGAGUCUGAGAGCUGAUCCCUGCCGAGAGGCCAAGGAACUUAAUGAGAGCAUUGAAGAAAUGUUAAUCCGAUUGGAUGAAUUUUGUGGAAUGCUUGACAUGAUUCGAAAUGACUCCUCUCAAAUUCUGGAUGAAAAUAUACCAAAAAUAAAGGUCAAGGCACGAGAAAUGAAGGAGGUGUAUGCAAAGAUUGAUAAAAUGGAGAUUUUUGUGAAGAUGGUUGAACAGAGUGCAGCUAUGCUGGAGGAACAAGUGAUUCAGGCAGAAAAGGACUGUGGCAACAGAUCUCGUGGUGUUUGCAAAUUUCUGCAUUCAAUAAAUGCACCUUUUUUGAAUAAGAAACGUAGCUGUCUCAGCCAACAGAAUUUAGCAUAUGAGCUACCCAACCUAUACCGAACUGAAGCCUAUUUUCCUGCAAAUCACAAUAGGACAUUCUUUAAACCAAGCAAGUGAUUGUAAUGUUGUUGCCCUUGCCUAAGGGGGACACCAUUCACAUGAACAAGAAGAACAUGACAUUACUGCAAGUCUUGUACAGUUGAUGUCACCUAGUUCCACUUGGACGAAAGCUAGAAAGUGCUUUACUGGAAUCAUGGAGAUAUCCUGUGAAAUAACUUGAAGUACAAAUGGACUUGCAUGAAGAAACUCUAGGAUUAAUGGUGUUACUUGAAUACUGUAGGUUAUCAGUGAAAUCAUAAAAAUACCUAGAGUUGUAGCUCCAACCCACCAAGGCAGCACAUUAAAUGGAACUUAAGUCUCAAAGCUGUUCCAUGGCCAAGGCAAUUCAAUAUUAUGCUUUUUGGCUUGCAUUUCCCUUGUGAUAAUGCAAAAAGACAACCAUAUUAUGAACAUUCUGAAAUUGUGUCAAAAUUGACAGUAUGUGCACUUUCAUGUCAAAGAUGUCUUAAAACCACAAAUUUCACAUGUAUGCUUAAGUACCAAAUAAAUACUAAUUUAGAUCAAGUAUUCCUUGCAUAUAAUGACAUGUUCUUAUGCUAUCUUGACUUGAUAUUCAUCUGCUUUGAUCAUUUCAUGCUUAUGAAUACAGCACUUUUCCUGCCAUGGGAAAUCAGGCAUUUUAUUUGCUAGAAAAACAAAGUCAACUGCCAUUUUUCAUUUCCAAAAAUAUGCUUCCUGUUAUAGGAUGUAAAUCUUACAAUGCCCUGAGUUUUAAAAUCAACAUAGGAAUAUAGUGGAAAAAAUAAGCAGCUUAGGAAAUUAGAUAUUUUAGAAAGCAAAUGAGUUAAUUGCAGACUUUCCAACCAAAACCAUACUUUUUUUGUACAAUUCUCAAAUGUUUUUUUUAUCUUCCAUAAGGCAUUAUUUUAAUAGGAACUGUUUUACAUCAUGGAAAAACUGCAUUAGAAUUAUCUGUUAAAGCACACUUCCUGUCAACUGAACAUCUAAUUCUUGCCCAGAGGUACAGAAAGCAUCUCUUCCUGUUAAGUGAUGCAGCCAUAGGCAAAGCUUUGGCAGCAGCUGUUAUUUCUAUUGAUCGAUGGUAAAAUAGAGCAAAGCACAAUUUAAAAACUUAAAUACUUUAAAGGGAUUGUUAAGAGAAAAAAUGGUCAUUGUUGCAGGAAUAUGGAUUAGAGCAUUAAUUCAUUAAAGACUGAACAUUUUUGUCAGAUUGAAAUUAUCACUUGUGUGGAAUUUAAAACAGCAUAUUGCUCAAAUCUCUUUUUUUAAGACUUCAUCCUGCCUGUGGUAUGAGAGUUAUCAUUUCUAGUAUUUUGUUUUCUACAUAUUGUAUUGCAGAGCAAACAUUUUGUGCUGAUAUUUCUUUGAGUAAUGGGGACCAGAGAUGUAGGGUACUUUGUAAACUGAUGAAGUGUCAAAUGUUUGCACAGAAAUUAGUAGAAUGAUUACUCUUACCACUGUAUUGGUAUAACACACAAAAUAAAGGUAUAGAACUAUUGAGUAUCAAAUUGUAUGAUCAAUUGUGUAAUUCAUUUUAAAUUGCCCCUUUAUUUCUACCCAAUUCCAAUUAUCAAAUCCAGCAUAAUCAAUGUUACUCACUAGUUUGUAAUAAUUGUAUGUCUGGCAUUAUUUUAAACUUUGAUGCAGACUGGUUAUUUUAAGUUAUUAGCUGUCAAUUAGGUUGGUGAAAAAAUACUUUAAGAUGUAUCAAGAUUUAUCUACAUUAUAUAUUGAUGUACUGGUACUCAUCUCUUGGUAUUGUUUCUUUCCACUCUUGAAAGUUGCUCAAUGCAACUGUCAAAUAAUCAAAGGGAAAGUUAUUGGAUUUUGCACACUUUUAUUAAUAGUUUGUGGUACUUAAUUUUAAAGAAAUGCAAUAAUAUCAACUCUUAGUAGAAAAGGUUAAAUCAUGCUAAAAACAAACCUCCAUUGAUAAUAGGUACUUUUAAGGUGACUUCAGUUAUUUAGAUAGCUUUAAAAAAAUUGUACAGUGCAUUUUUAAUUUACUGUAGCAUUUUCUAAUUGUAGUAAAAAUUAUGGUUGGCCUACGUAUCAGCUCCACACCAAGCUGUUCAUACUUAAUCCUUUUCAUUUAAUAUGCCCAUCUACAGCCAAGUUUUAAAGUUUCCUAUUUCUAUUACAUUAGUUUCAACCUACGAGUCCCCAUGCAAAUCUCUCAGAAUAAAGGAUCCAUACAAGAUCAAAGACUCCACUUAUUCUUAAUGCUCCUAAGCCACAUAUUACCAUAUAUCCAGAAGCCUCUGAUCAUGAAUGCACUUGAUUUUAUUUUCCCUGAAAGUUGUAGCAGAUAUCUAGGAAUUUAUAUUAGUUUUAGUAUUUCCAAUCAGUGCAGGAAUUAACAACCACAACUUUUAAUGGCCAACUUCAAACGCUGUCUUUUUGACAGGCAAGACAAACUCAAAGUAGGAAAAUUAUCCAUUUAGUUAUGUUUCCACAUUAUUCCAAACAGCACACAUAGUUUAAGGAAAUCAAAGCUACUAGAAAAGUGAUUAAAUUCUUAUCCCAAGAAGCAAUUUUUAGUGUACUAAUUUAAUGGGAAUCUUUACAACUGACAGCAUUUCCAGUCCAGCUGUCAUGAUAGUCCAGUGUUAAACUGAUUCUUAUUUCAAUGUUGGCACAAUACAAACAAACCUAAAUGGAUUGCUAUAUUUGGAUUGGCACUGAUUAGUAAUCAUUUAAAAUAGGAAAGCAUUUUUGGUAAGGUAGCUUUUCAGAUGAAUACUUUUGUGCCUAUGACAAGGUUAACCUUUGACAAAGAACUGUGGGCAGGAAGCAAAUUAUUGGGCAUUCAUUUCUAAACACCAGUUUCAAGGUCACCAAUAAAUCAACAAAGAUACAACAUGAAAUGAGCUUUAGCCUCAACAUUCCUGGUUAACUCAAGACAAAUAUGACACAUUAGAAUAGUAGAUCCAGUAUGAACUGUUAGGUUGAGUUGCGACUUGCCCAAUUUCUCUUUCAUGCCAUCACUUCAUAAUUCCUUGACUGGAAGAGA